CUCUGGACGUGUGACACGAUGUCGAGUCCGAAGAGUUCGAGUACGACCAUGGCGGUGCUGUCGUGCGUGGCGUACAGCACCGUGUCCAACGCGAUGGUGCUCGUGAACCGGUACCUUGUGGGGCAGAAGUACUUCAACUACCAGGAGAAGUCGUUUGUGAUCCUCGCGCAGAUGAUCCUCGGUGUGGUGCUGCUGGAGCUGGCCAAGCUGCAAGGGGUGAUCAAGUACGAGAACUUCAGUCUUGACACGGCCAAACGCUGGGCUCCCGUCACGUUCUUCUUCGUGGCCAUGCUGUACACGGGCACGUUGGCGACGGCCGGCCUCCCCAUCCACAUCGUCACCGUGUUCAAGAACGUCGCCAUCAUCCUCACAGUCAUUGGGGAAUGGCGAUUCUUCGGCGAAGGCGUGGGUCCCAUUGUCCUCGUAUCUCUCGGGAUCAUGCUCCUCGGCGCCGUCCUCACCUCAUACAGCGAAGUGGACGGCAAAGCCACGCAGAGCACCCUCAGCGGGUACUUUUGGAUGUGCAUGAACUGCAUGUUCACUGCGUCAUACGUGCUCUACAUGCGCUACGCCACGUCCAAAUCGUCGUUAAAGCUGUCCAGGUUCGGCAUGGCGUUCUACAACAACCUGGUGGCGCUGCCGCUGCUGUUUCCCCCCAUGCUCGUCAACGGCGAUGCCAUCACCAUGUGGUCCAACCCAUUGACAUACGAUGCGUCCUUUCUCGUCCUUCUGGUCGUGAGCGGCGUCGUCGGCAUCGCGCUCAACUUGUCCUCGUUCUGGUGCGUCAGCUCGACCUCGGCCACAACGUACGCCACCGUGGGGGGUCUGAACAAGGUACCCACGACCUUCAUCGGGGUACUGCUCCUCGGCGAAGAACUCACCGCCAAGACCGCCAUCUUCGUGAGCUUUGGGGUCAUCGGCGGCAUGUUGUACGGCUACGGCAAGUUCAAGGACGCGGAAGCCAGUAAACUCGCCAAGGCCCGCAAAGACGAAGCCAUCGAAAAGCAAAAAAUGCUAGACAACUCGGUCUGAAUGGCUGGGAGAAAUAAAUACUAAAGUAGCACCUGUACUCGUGAUAGUAGUUAUUAGUAUAUUAUAUAUAUACUAGUACUAGUAUAUAUUAAUACUAUUAAAAGCAACACAGCAA